AUGGCAGACUACUACAAUUCCAACGGAUACCCUCCACCACCGGCCGGCGGCUAUACCAACUAUCCGCCUCCUCCGCGACCGCACGAAGCAUCUCAACAGUACGGCGACCCGGGCUACAACGCUCCAGCCGCCACUCAGAGCCUGCAUGGAUACCAGCCUCCCCGCGACGACCAAUACCGGUACUCGCCCCGUUCCUCUGGCUUGCAAGUUGGACAGUACACCGGCAGCGAAUUUGAACAUGGCCGGGAACGUCGCAACUCGGGCCCGUAUGCAGCUAGUCAACAUCGUGGCAGCGAUGCCGGCUACUACCCUCCUCCACCGCAAUACGAGGACCGCUCUAGUUCCAGAGGGUCGAGAAGAGACAGGGAGAGGUCGCGAGAGAGGGGGGAGAAGCACCAUCACAAGGCUGCAAAGGAUGUAGGUGCGACCCUUAUUGGCGGCGCCCUGGGCACAUGGGCUGGCCGAGAGUUGGGCCACCGCAAUGACCUAGUGACCGUUGCUGGGGCUCUCGCGGGUGCCUACGCAGGGCACAAGCUUGAAGGCAAACACGAGAAGAGCAAGGAAAAGAAGAAGGAACGCAGGGGAAGCGAGAGCUUAGGAUAUGGUGACUAUCAGGACGAUGAACCCCGUCGCAGUCUCUCUCGUCGGAGGUCAAGAAGUCGGAGAAGGAGCCGAAGCAGCAGGAGCAGUAGCAGUGACAGUGAUGACAGCAGGCGCAGGCGCAGACACCAUCACAACUGA